AUGGAGCGCUCCGAACUCAAUCACUAUGCCACAGAGCUGGCCCCAUAUGUGGUUAUUGCUUUCACCCUGUUGUCUGAUCCUGAUGGGUACCAUUUGGCGUUUCUGGAGGUUGGGGAGGCCGAGAUCAAGGCUCCAGCAGACCUGAUGCUGGUGAGACCCUGCUUCCUGGAUCAUAGACUGCCAUCUUCUCACAGUGUCCUCACAUGGUGGACGGGACAAGCAAAAGCUCGUCCAUGUGAAGGACUGAAUGUGGUUUGGGGGCGCGGGGUUGGGCUGGGGCGACUCUUGGGGAACGAAUGGACCCGACCCCUAGAGCUGGGGAGGCCUUGGCCGUGGCCUCCCCGCCCCCGGCUGCGUUCGGGCUCCCCCCGGGGCCUGAUGUCGCGCGCUUGCGUGCUGCGGCCAGCGCGCCCGACCCGGAGGCCGGCCCCAGAAAACCCCGAGCGAGGAGGGGGCGGCGCGCAGGGAGGGAGGAGAGCCGGCGGGGUAGGGGGUUGGUGGGUGUUCGGGGGUGGAGAUGUAGAAGAGGUGACGCCGCGGCCGGCCGGUGCCAGACCAGCGGACGCAGUGCCCGCGGUUGCAGCCGGAUCCCGGGCGCUGCAGCUUGGGGAGGCGGCUGUCCCGAGAGCGGCGGCCGCGGAGACACCCAGCCCGACACCCCAGCGGCUCGCCGCGCGCCGGCGCCGGCGGAGGGCAGCGGCCGAGUGCGCGAGGCUGGGGGCCCGCGGGCGCGGCCGCGCGCCGCCGGGAGGGAGGCUGGGGGGCCGGGGCCGGGGCCGCGCCCCGGGGCGGGUCGGAGGCCGGGGCCGGGGACGGGGGGCGGCGGCUCCCCGCGCGGCUCCGGGGGCUCGGGGUCCCCGUCAGGACCCCGGCGGUGCCAUGGCAGCCGGGAGCAUCACCACGCUGCCCGCCCUGCCCGAGGACGGCGGCAGCGGCGCCUUCCCGCCCGGCCACUUCAAGGACCCCAAGCGGCUCUACUGCAAAAACGGGGGCUUCUUCCUGCGCAUCCACCCCGACGGCCGAGUGGACGGGGUCCGGGAGAAGAGCGACCCUCACAUCAAACUACAACUUCAAGCAGAAGAGAGAGGGGUUGUGUCUAUCAAAGGAGUGUGUGCGAACCGUUAUCUUGCUAUGAAGGAGGAUGGAAGAUUACUAGCUUCUAAAUGUGUUACGGACGAGUGUUUCUUUUUUGAACGAUUGGAAUCUAAUAACUACAAUACUUACCGGUCAAGGAAAUACUCCAGUUGGUAUGUGGCCCUGAAACGAACUGGGCAGUAUAAACCUGGACCCAAAACAGGACCUGGGCAGAAAGCUAUACUUUUUCUUCCAAUGUCUGCUAAGAGCUGAUCUUAAUGGCAGCAUCUAAUCUCAUUUUACGUGAAAGAAGAGGUAUAUUUUAGAAGUUUGUUAAUGAAAGAAAAAGAAAAAUGUGCACAGCUAUCUGCUCAGUUUGGAUAACUCGUCAGAUAACCUUUUAUCUAAUAGUAAAAUAUUUAA